UUAAUUAAGCUAUAUCUUUUGAUUCGCCAUUUCCAUACAUAAAUCAACAAAAUAUCUUGACCCACAAGGGUUAAAGAUUAUGAAUCAUUUACCGAGAAAGUUAAAUUUGGAUACUUCUCCCAUUUAAAGCGUACGAUUCCCAGCGAGUCAGCAGUUUUACCACGGCAGCGAGUUAAUCAGCAUCUGGAUCCAGUUAGCGCCGUAGUUUUACCCGAUUUGCAACGCCAUUAGCUUAGUUUUCCAUUAGGAAAAACCCGUGCGUGGAGUGGAAUAGCAUCCAUUAAAAAUGUACGGCAUUGAUAAUUACCCCAAGAAUUAUCAUGCCAGUGGCAUUGGCCUUGUCAAUUUGGCGGCCUUGGGCUACAGCAAGAAUGAAGUCAGCGGCGGAGACGAACAAGCACCCAAACCCAAAGCGGGUCUCUACCCAUCGUUGCCCUAUCCCUCGUCGGAAUCCGUGGGAGGAAUGCCAUAUGUGGUGAAGCAGACGAGUCACGCCCAGAAUACCUCGUACCCGGGAGUCGGAAUGCCCGUGCCAGGAGCUCCAUCAGCGCCAUCACCCUACCCCAGUGCAAUGCCAUAUCCAGGAGCAGGUCUCUAUCCCAGUUUGCCAUCAGCAAACGCCCCUUCUCUUCCGUAUCCCUCUGCCCCAAUGGCGCCCUAUCCGACCGGAAUGCCCUAUCCAACUGGCAUGCCGCAGCCGAAUCUUCCCUAUCCGGCUGCUCCGCUAGCACCGUACCCCUCGGCUAUGCCCGGUUUGCCCAGCAUGCCAAUGCCAUAUGCUCCGAUGCCAACGAGUCCGGCUCCGCAGCACGGCGGUGGAUUCCCAGCUCUGCCAUAUCCCACGGCUCCACCGCCAGCCAGUGCGCCAACGCAGGAGGAGGAGCCCUCGGUGGGCGUUGCGGAACUGAGCUUCACCAGCGUCAAGGUGCCCGAGAACCAGAACAUGUUCUGGAUGGGUCGCAAGGCGACCAGUAACCGUCAGCAUAGCGUCAGCAAGGGAGACUUUGCCUCUCUGCGCGAAAGCUGCGUGGCCAACGGAACCAUGUUCGAGGAUCCCGACUUUCCGGCUGACAAUUCCUCGCUGAUGUAUUCCCGACGACCCGAUCGCUACUACGAGUGGCUGCGUCCCGGAGACAUUGUCGACGAUCCGCAAUUCUUCGUCGAGGGUUACUCGCGGUUCGAUGUGCAGCAGGGAGAACUGGGUGACUGCUGGCUCCUGGCCGCAGCGGCCAAUCUCACACAGGACUCGAAGCUGUUCUUCAGGGUGAUCCCGCCGGAUCAGGACUUCCAGGAGAACUACGCCGGCAUCUUCCACUUCAAGUUCUGGCAGUACGGCAAGUGGGUGGAGGUGGUCAUCGAUGAUCGGCUGCCCACCUACAAUGGCGAGCUGAUCUACAUGCACUCCACCGAAAAGAACGAGUUCUGGAGCGCCCUGCUGGAGAAGGCGUACGCAAAGCUGCACGGCUCCUAUGAAGCUCUCAAGGGUGGCACCACUUGCGAGGCCAUGGAGGACUUCACCGGCGGCGUUACCGAGUGGUAUGACAUCAAGGAGGCUCCUCCAAAUCUAUUCAGCAUCAUGAUGAAGGCUGCCGAGCGUGGCUCUAUGAUGGGCUGCUCGCUGGAACCCGAUCCACAUGUUCUGGAGGCGGAGACCCCUCAAGGUUUGAUUCGCGGGCAUGCCUACUCCAUUACUAAGGUGACCCUCAUGGACAUUUCGACGCCCAAUCGCUCGGGCAAGCUGCCCAUGAUCCGUAUGCGUAACCCAUGGGGCAACGAUGCUGAAUGGAGCGGUCCCUGGAGCGAUAGCUCUCCCGAAUGGCGCUUCAUCCCGGAGCACACAAAAGAGGAGAUUGGCCUAAAUUUCGAUCGAGAUGGAGAGUUCUGGAUGUCCUUCCAGGACUUCCUUAACCACUUUGAUCGCGUGGAGAUCUGCAACUUGUCACCCGAUUCGCUAACGGAGGAUCAGCAGCAGAGCUCGCGUCGCAAGUGGGAGAUGUCCAUGUUCGAGGGCGAGUGGACAUCGGGCGUGACGGCCGGAGGUUGCAGGAACUUCCUGGAGACCUUCUGGCAUAAUCCGCAGUACAUUAUCUCUCUGGAGGAUCCCGAUGACGAGGACGAUGAUGGCAAGUGCACGGCAAUUGUGGCCCUGAUGCAAAAGAAUCGACGCAGCAAACGCAACGUGGGCAUCGAUUGCCUGACCAUUGGAUUUGCUAUAUAUCACUUGACGGACAGAGAUAUGCAGGUGAAGCCACAGGGACUGAACUUCUUCAAGUACCGAGCUUCGGUGGCCAGAUCGCCCCACUUCAUCAACACACGUGAGGUAUGUGCUCGGUUCAAGCUGCCUCCUGGUCACUAUUUGAUUGUGCCCUCGACCUUUGAUCCGAAUGAGGAGGGCGAGUUCAUUAUUCGCGUCUUCUCGGAGACAAUGAACAACAUGGAGGAGAACGACGACGAGGUCGGCUUUGGCGAGACCGAUGACCGCAUUGCUCCGUCUCUGCCGCCACCAACGCCGAAGGAGGAGGAUGACCCGCAGCGCAUUGCUCUGCGUCACCUGUUCGACAGCGUUGCUGGCAGCGAUGAGGAGGUGGACUGGCAGGAGCUGAAGCGCAUCCUGGACCACUCGAUGCGCGACGUGAUGGUGGGCAGCGAUGGCUUCUCCAAGGAUGCCGUGCGUUCGAUGGUAGCCAUGCUGGACAAGGAUCGCUCCGGCCGCCUGGGCUUCGAGGAGUUCGAGGCGCUGCUUACCGACAUUGCCAAGUGGCGAGCGGUCUUUAAACUUUACGACACCCGUCGCACUGGCAGCAUCGAUGGUUUCCAUCUGCGCGGAGCGCUCAAUUCGGCUGGCUACCAUCUGAACAACCGGCUGCUGAAUGCCCUGGCCCAUCGUUACGGAUCGCGCGAGGGCCAAAUACCCUUCGACGACUUCUUGAUGUGCGCCAUCAAGGUGAGGACAUUCAUCGAGAUGUUCCGCGAGCGGGACACGGACAACUCGGACACGGCGUUCUUCAACCUGGACGAUUGGCUGGAGCGAACAAUUUACUCUUAAAUUACUUGCAAUUGAUACUAAUCUAAUCCUAAGUGCCACGUUACUUAACCUGCCUAUGCAUUAUAUUAUUCAUGCAUGCAUACACAUAUGAGCAAAGCUACACAGAGAUCCAUGACGAUAUCGCGCGAAGAUCGGAAGAGGUACACUCAUUCAGCCAACAAGAGCAUCUUAUCAUAUGACCAAAUCCGGAAAUACAACAUCAUCUGGCGAAAUUGGACUGGCCUUGGCAAUGGCACGAUAAACGAUAUAAAACUCGCGUACACAAUUUAUACAAUCCACUCUAUAGAUUUUAUACUAUACACAUCAACUGGAGGGAUGACUAAGAGCGAGCAUCAAUAUAAAAAAAGGUGCUCUAUGCACCUCAACAAGAGUCAAGAAACGUGCUAGUACAAACUGAAAAGUGCAUUAUUACCUUACCAUUUGCUACGAGACACUCGGAAGCCAUUAUUACGCAUCAACAAUAUUUAUUAGAUAUACGAAAUGAAUAAGCAUGUAUUUUUGUAACAUCGUAAUCUCCGAUCCGCCACAUUACAUAUUUGUCCAGGUGCUAAAAGUGAAUCCAAUUUAAAACUGUUGUGUCAACAAACGUUGUAAUUGUUAUCAGGGAGUUAAUGGGAUACGAAUAGUCCCAGUCACUCAUCGAAUAAAUUUAAGCUUUAAAUUAAAAUUUAUCCAUAAAUUUUAUUGAAUUUGAUCAAAACUUGUACUUCCCUUCCUUAAAUCGUAUUUAAUUUCUAUUAUCGGUAAUCUCAAUGUAUACCCCUAUGUCAAAUUAAGUGUUUUAACUAACUGAAAUUAAUAUAUUCGGGCAAGAGGCUUUUUGUUGAACGCUUUUAUACUAUACUAUAAUUUUUGUGUACAAUUUAUCUAAUCAAAAUUAAUUAUCUUUAUGUAUUUGUUGCUUUCCCACUUUUUUAUGUAAAUAAAAUGCACGAGAUUACAUCUA